UAUUUUUUGUCACUCCAAAUCGGUACAAACUUUUCGACUUUCAAAUAAUUUAGUAAGAAAGAAAUAUAUUUUUUAUAAAACAAAAAUAUGCUUGCGAGAAUUUUUCAACGCGGUCUUUCGGGAGCACAACAAAAUUGUCUGGGCCUCUUUUCAAAUCGAAAACCAAGCAAUGAAUACAGUCCCCAUCUACCCGGCGGUGGACUUGAGAAAUUAGCCGGCUGCUUUAAGGAGGAGAAUUACUUCAAACUAAACGAUUGGAAAUUGUUGCUGAAAAUGCGCGAACAGACGCUGCGCGGCGCGGGUUAUGACACCACCGAGAUGAAUCAUGUGAUCGAGCAGCUGAAUGAGAUGGAUCAUUUGGUCACGCAUCACAAUCAGAGUUUGAUGAAUAAACAUAAGAAUUGCAUGGAAGAGUUAUACUUUCUGAACGAGGUAAGAUUGGAGGAAACGAUGAACUUGCGUCGGCUCGAGAAGAAAAUGCACGCGGAAUUGGAACAAAAAUUGCGUGAGCAACAGAAAUUGGAAAGCACACGUCGCGCAGCGGAACAGUUGGCGAACACAAUGGAAACACUGCCGACUAUGCGCAAUAUACGUUAUGAGCAGUGAAUUAUUUUCAAAAUUAUUAUUUAUUUUUUUUCAAUUAACUUACGAUUUGCGAUUGAAACGGAAAGAAAAGUUAAGCAACAAAAUUACGUUAUAUUUGCGGGUAAAAAUCGAUUUACAUGUAUAUAUGUAUACGCAAGUUGGCUUUUUUAAAUUUUUUUCAUUUUCUUGUGAACUAUGUACAUACGUUUGUUAACGGCGAAAACUGUGGGAAAUUUAAAAAAGCCCAGCUUUAAAGUUGUACAUAUUUACAUAUAAACAUACAAACAUACACCGUGACAAAAGUGCAAAAUGUUGAAACAAACUGAUAAAUAGUGAUGUAUGCAAUAGAAGAGACGUGUAGUGUACAAACAAAUUAUGUAUUAAAUAUAAUUAAUUUAAUGCUCGCAUAUAAACGUAGAGAAAUCUUAUUAAACAUAUAAGUCGAUCGAUAUAUUUAGUAAAUAUAUUUUUUAAACUUAAUAAUGUACGCCCACAAAGCCAUUUCUAUAUUAUAUGCCUUAAUUAUUUAGCAUUUAAUUAGAUUCG